AUGGCUGCCAAGCAGGUCAAUAUUGCCGUCAUCGGUGCUGGUGGAGUUGGCAAGUGUUUCCUGUCCCAGCUCCAGGCAUUGAGCGCCAGACGUCCGUCCCCCAAGCUUUCCCUUUGCUACAUCUCGACCAGCAAGAAGGCGGUUUUCAACGAUGACCACUCCCCCCUCGCCCACGACACCGUGCUCCAAGAGCUCGCUGCAUCCUCAAAGCAGGCAAAGACCUUGAGCCAGGUCGCCGAGUACCUAGGUGCCGUCUCAAAGUCAACCAAUGCCAAGGUCGUUCUGGUCGACAACACUAGCUCGCAAGAUGUGGCCGACUUCUAUCCCACUUUCCUCAAGAACUCGAUCAGCAUUGUUACCCCCAACAAGAAGGCUUUCUCGGGUUCAUACAAGCUGUGGCAGGAUAUAUUCAGCGCUGCUGAGAGUUCUGGCGCGAAGGUCUACCAUGAGUCCUCUGUCGGAGCUGGUCUCCCGGUCAUCUCCACGCUCAAGGACUUGGUCGAGACAGGAGACGAGGUAACCAAGAUUGAAGGCGUCUUCAGCGGCACCAUGUCUUUCCUCUUCAAUUCCUUUGCGCCUGUCGAGGGCGCUGGUGGCAAGUGGUCCGCUGAGGUCAAGAAGGCGAAGGACUUGGGUUACACCGAGCCUGACCCUCGGGACGACCUGAACGGCCUCGACGUCGCGCGUAAACUAACCAUCCUGGCUCGGUUGGCUGGUCUUCCGGUCGAAUCUCCGACAUCUUUCCCAGUCCAGAGCUUGAUUCCCAAGGAGCUCGAGUCUGUGUCUAGCGGCGAUGAAUUCCUCCAGCGCCUUCCCGAGUUUGACUCGCAGAUGGAAGAAGUCAAGGCUGCCGCCGAGCGUGAGGGCAAGGUCGUCAGAUUUGUUGGCAGCAUCGACAUGGCAUCAAAGGCGGUCAAGGUGGGCCUCGAGACCUUCGAGAAGUCUCACCCCAUUGCCAGUCUGAAGGGCAGCGAUAACAUCAUCAGCUUCUACACAAAGCGAUAUGGCAGCAAGCCCCUGAUCAUCCAAGGUGCUGGUGCUGGCGGUGAAGUCACAGCGAUGGGUGUGACCGGAGAUCUGAACAAGGUGAUCUCACAGAUCGUGUAA